AUGCCACGAGCUUCACUCGGUCAAAAGUCCAGAGCGGGAUGCCGGCAAUGUAAGACUCGGAAAGUCAAAUGCGAUGAACAACGGCCCAUGUGCGGCAGUUGUUCGAAGCUCAACAAAAGUUGCAGCUUUCUUAUUACGACACCCUACUUGUGGAGCUCUGGAACACUGUAUCAGCAAGCGCAAAGUGGAAAUAUCAGCUCUUUUCGAAAGCCGAUGCCCGAUGCCGGGGAAAGCUCGUCCAAGGCCAAGGACAAUGCAGGCUAUACCUUAGACGAUAUGCGUCUUAUACACCACUUCACCUAUUGUACAAGUUCGACUUUAUCAGAUUGUCCAGAAGCCCACAGGACAUGGGCCACAACAGUCGUCCAAAUUGCAUUUGCACAUUCAUUCCUCCUCCAGGGAAUUUUGGCCCUUGCUGCUCUUCAUAUGGCAAAUUCGAACACAGCUGACAAAGGAAGUCUGACCAUCCUCGCUGCCAGUAAACAAGAUGCUGCCCUCAAGGGAUUUCGGUCGCAGCUGGAAGAAAUCACCCCUCAGAACUGCGAUGCCAUUUUCGCGUUCUCCUUCCUUGCUGAAUAUUACAUUCCUGCUUCUGCAGGUACUGUGAUCAAUCCCGCUGCCACGUUUAUGGAAGAUGACUUCUUCGACGCAAUUGUGGAUUGGCUUCGUUUACAUCAAGGAACAUCCGGUAUAUAUAGGCAAAAGGGACACUGGAUUCAAGAUGGCCCUGUAGCUCCUCUUCUAUGGAGUGAUGUGUCAAGCAAGAGGUGUCUGUCACGGACACAGAAUAACAAUACCGAACAAACUGGGACGGACCAACUGCUUGGCCUUGCAAGAAUAUGGGAUACAGACACUGCAUCCACAACAAGCGAAUUGCAUGAUAAUCAGAUCUAUUCCCAGGCACUAGAGAUUUUGGUUGACGCAUUCAAUCUUGCCUCAGAAGGUUCCAAGGCAAACACCGGUCGGGUGGUUUUUAAUGAGCUUCUCAACAAUCAAGAAGAUCGCAACUAUCAAAGAGCUGAAAGUUCGAAUUACCUCAGUCUGUCGUAUGGGUGGCUUUUUGAAGUCCCCUUUGGGUUUGUGGAGCUCCUUGAGCAACGCCGACCGGCAGCGCUUAUCAUUUUUGCUCACUUUUGUGUCUUAUUUCAAAAUGCCCCGAAGUUCUGGUGGAAUAAGCCAAUCCCAGCGAAGAUCAUAAAAGCCGUUGUUGCCGUGCUUCCCCGAGAAUACCACAGGUGGAUCGAAUGGCCAACACGCGAAGUAUUGGGUGCUGACUGUUAUGCAACGUGA